GAGUCGUGACCUACAUCUUGAGCUGACACGACAACCAUCAACUGAUCAACAUGGUGCAAAUCGACUUAGCAAUUUUUACAUUUAUUUCACUCAUAAUCUUCCAGUUAACAUCAGCCAAUGAUCUUGCAAGGGGUUGGGGAGAUGGUAUAGCAUGGAUGUCUUUUAAAGAUGGUUUAGAAGCUUCAAAAGAAAGUGGGAAACCACUGAUGCUAAUCAUACACAAGACCUGGUGCGGUGCUUGUAAAUCAUUAAAGCCCAAGUUUGGUGCACACAAGGGUAUAGAAGAGCUUAGUGAAAACUUCAUCAUGGUCAAUACAGAAGAUGAUGAGGAACCUGAAGGAGAAACUUACAAACCCGAUGGUGGUUACAUUCCUAGAAUUCUAUUUUUAAAUUCUGCUGGUGAGGUGCAGACAGAUAUCAUCAAUGAAGGUGGCAAUCCUAGUUAUAAAUAUUACUACCCAGAUCCUGCUAAUAUUCAUAAGACCAUGAGUAAAGCUAAAGAUUCAAUAAAAGCUGUAGCUGCUGACAGUGAAACUGUUAAGGAAGAAGAACCUAUAGCAAGUGAUGGUGGUAGAGAUCCUGAGGGUGAACUUUAGAAAAUUAUAUCAUCAAAAUAUGCUCAGUAAAACCUGUCCAUGUUAACACCUCUCAGUGUUAAUUUCAAUAGAAUCUGAUUCAAGAUUGAAUGUACAGUGUAAUAUACUCCUGCUUGCCAAGCAUAAGAGGAAUAUCAUUGUUUUUUGUCUCCUUUACUGACAAACAUACCUUUUCUGUGAUAUGACGAUGUGCAUUAUGAGUGUUAACAUAGAUAUGUUUUACUGUGGCCUCAUCUCCAUCUAAACAUUUGUGUUGUUAUGACAACUCCCACAUUAAUCACCCAUACUUUACCAGGACACAAAUAGUACUUACCUCUGUCUUAAAGAACAAAUGAUAUUUGGAAUAUUUGAAUAAUUAAUAUUAAUAUUUGGGGUAUUUGAACAAUUAAUAUGUUGUCAGUUUGUCAAUUUUAUUUAACAUGUGGACACCUGUGGAUUACCAUUUGCAUUCAUUUGACUUAGCUUCUUAAAAGAAAGUUUUGUCUGCCUUAGUUAAAGAACUAGACUCUUUGCUCAGGGUAUCUUUGGUUGGUUUUUAGGCUAACUAGAUUU